AGUACUUGUUAUUAUAUAACGUGUUGCUUAUAUGACUUUGAUCUAAGGUAAAUUAAAUAAUUUAGAAUAGUCAACGCACUUAUCUUUACUUGUAAUCAGAUUAUUUUUAGAUAAGAUAGCAACGACAGUAUUAUUCACACUCUAAAAUAAAAAUAGUACAACUCUUCAUUAGACAAAACAAGCACAUGACAUUUUGAUUAAAAAUACUUAUGAAAGUAUGACGCGACAUUAUUUUAAGCGUCAUUUGAUAAUACUGUAUUCAGUCGAUAUUCUUCGGUCAAUAAGUAAUGAAUUAACGGUGGUAAACAAAAGAACUUUCGGGAAGUAUACUGAAAUAAGGUGACAGACAAUAAUAUAAAACAUAGGAUACAUUGGUUUUAUUGGAUUUUGUGGUCAGAUAAUUUUAAGGACUCGGGAAGGGAUUGAGAUGGAGGAGAGAGAGGAAGGGUGUAUUAACGUCAUGCCGACUCAAAAAUAGGUCAUGUGUUCAAACGAUGGAGGUAGACGAAAACAAGCACAAUCCAGAAUCCUACUUCAGCUUCCUUGUGCAGCAAGUAGAAAACCAAUCUGAUUUGUGUGAUGUGACAGUAAAAUUAGGAAUAUGGGAAAAGAAAUUUCACAGAUGUGUACUUGCUGCUAGUCCAUUUUUUGAAAUUGUCACUAAUGGACAAUGCGCUGAAACACAGACAGACAUUGCUGAGAUGAAGAUUGACACCACACCUGAUGUACUUGAGAUGGCACUCUUGUACCUGUACGGGAUUAUACCUCCUUUUACCAUAAACAACGUAGGAGGUCUUCUAGAACUGGCAGAAUUUCUGUUGUUAAAGGGUCUUAAAUCCGUUUGCAUUAACUGGCUUAACUCUCUUGACUUUAAUGAAGUCAAUUGUAUGUACGUGAUACAAUUAUCUACUAAGUACAAUUUCGAAGUGACAACUUGUAUCGAAUACAUCGGAAGCCACCUUCCCGAGACGUUUCAAAAUUCAGACGCAGGGAAUCUUUCAAAAGAAUCAGUCGAGUAUCUGCUUGGCGACAGGAAGUUUUCGUACGUAACAAUGGAUGACAAAUUAACGUUUUUGAUGAAAUGGGUCAAUAUGCACCCCAGUGAGUCGAUUGAAAAUGUAACAGGUCUGUUCAAGAGUAUUGAUAUACAGGAAGUAUCAUAUUCUCUCUGGGAAAAUACUACGUGUAUAUUUCCAUUCAAUGAAAUUAUAAAUUUAUACAACAUAGUCCGCUUAGCAGACGCUAAAGAGAGCAGCCAUAGCAUAUUAAUAAUGAGUAGUGACAAAGGAAACUUUUGGUGUUUAGAUAUAGAAGAAGACCGAUGGUAUCAACUGAACUCAAAUAUAUUCGAAAGUCAUCGCUACGACGAAGAUUAUCCUGAAAUAGCUGGAAUAAGAAAUACUAUUCCUGAAAUAUAUUUCACAGAGGAUUUGGAUCUAGGAUACCCGUCUCCUGAAGUGUCUACUGUAAAUAUGGAAACUGAUCAAAUACAUACAUACACACUGACGCUAAUAGAUGAGGACAUCCUGAGUGGAAAUAUUGUGGAGGAAGAGCUUACAAACGUAAGUUUCACUGAUGAUACAGUGGUUGCUACUGUAAACAAAAAGGUUUUUGUACAUCAAAUCUUUGACAGUCCACAGAGUGCCUCAGAAAUAGACCAGGCUUCUCCUGACCCUUCAUUUCCUGGCACUGACAUUGAAGUAUUUAGUCUUCGUGGUCCUAAUCGUGAGGAAGAAAGCAUUACGAUUGAUUAUGAUACUGAUACUGUUCCAAGUAUCUUAUUCGAAAAUGGAAGAAAUUUGAAGUCAUUAUUGUCAAGAUCAUCAGAAUCUGGCAGCGGAAAUAAUGGUCUGGUCAGUUAUACAGAGGUUUAUCUUGGACACGUAUUAGAAGAUAAUAUUGAAAUGUCUCUACUAAUUGUUUUGGGAAAUGAAACAAUAUCACAAGUAUGUUUAAACAGGCUUCGUGUCAUUCCUUUGCUUACGAAAUCUAGGACACGUGUGAUCAUUUUCGAUCUUGAAAACCUUAAGACGGAAAUGAUCCAACUAGUGCCAGACGAGGACUACAAAAUCGUUCAGACCGACAAAGGAUUUUUUAUUUAUAACGAUAAACGUUGCUACUGUCUUUCAAAACUAGCAGUGCCUUUUUUCUCUAAGAACCAUAAGGUUGAAGAAAUAAAACUCGAAACUGAAGGAUUUUGGUUUGUUCAGUACCAUUAUCUCAGCGGUAUCUGGGUAAGAAUUAUACGCAGAAACAAGGACGAUAAUAUUGAGCUUCAGUAUGUUUCGCAUGAAGAGUUGUCAGUAUGUCAACCUCCACUGUCUCUCGACAUAAAUUGGAAGAAAUUGUCAGUACCAAAAGAAAAAGAAGUAAUAAACAAACUUAGGCUUGGUAGAAAUAUGUUCAUGGUUCCUUUAUCAAAAAGUAAGCUACGAUGUGACAUUGCAUGUCCGCAUUGCAAAUUUCUAAGAUUAGUUGAUUCGUAUGAUGGUGAAUUUUAAUGCUCAAUAUUUGUGCAAUUUAUCUAUUUUACCUUUUAUUACAAUGUACGUCUGUGACGUUGUUUUGUAUAAAAAUGAAGAAAGAAGUAGAACUGUUAUAUUAGGAAGACACUAAUAGAUAAUACGUGCGCACGUAUAACUUUAAGAAACAUCUGCACACGUAGAACUUAUUACGUGCGCACGUAUUAGUUUCAAAAACAUCUGUGUACGUAUUGGUAUAAAAACAUCAGCGUACAUGUAAGUUUUAAACAAUACGUACGUAUUGUUAUAAAAAACAUCUUCACACGUAUAAAGUAAUACGUGCGCACGUAAUAGCUAUUACGUGUGCACGUAUUAGUUUAUACAUGCGAAAAUGUCUUUUUUCAUACUAGUACGUGUGCACGUACUAAUAUGUGUGCUGAUGUUUCUUUUGUACUAGUACGUGUAUGCGUAUUAUUAAUUACAUGCGCACGUAUUAAUUAAAAACAUCUAUGUCACCUCUGUGCCACCGUACAUGCAUGUGUUACGUUUUUGUCUUUCACACUUCUUGCAUCAAUCGGUUAUCAGUUUCCUAAUCAGUUGUCGACUGGAACUUUAAAUAAUGGAUUAGACGGCAGCUUAAGAUAAGGGUAUAUGUAUAUGCCUGAAUCAGUUAACGUCGAACAGACACAUUUAUAGUUCAUAUGGCGACUUUCCAGCACUCAGGUAGAACCACCAACCUUCCGUAAGCCAGCUGGAUGGCUUUCUCACACGAAGAAUUCAACGCCUCGACUGAGACUCGAACCUUCAUCGGUGAGGUGCAAGUAAUUUGUGGUCACUGUUAUUAACCACUCGGUCACGGAGGACCAAUAUUAUACCGAUGAAGUUAGUAAGAUUCUGUGCAGGUGUUUUGCUAAAAUAUAACGUUAAAACGCAGCGAAUUUCUAUUAUCAAUUCGAGAUAUAGAAUAUGCAAUAUUUUCUCAUAAUUAUCUAACAUUUUCAAAAUAUGGUUAAGCCUUUUUAUUAUUUGAAGAUUAGCAAAUAUUAUGUCUUGUUAUAUAUUGCGUCACAUUUAUGUAACGUGUAUUUUGUGAUUUAUCACAAUCGUGUUUUAUUAUCACUUACUAAAAGAAUGUUAAAUAACAGGGAGUUGAGAAUGUUCUUUUUUUCACCAUUCUGCAACAUUUCUGUAUUCAGUAUGAUGAAUGGCAUGCGUUCGUGAAAUCUGACAUUGUUUUAUUUUAGUAACAUUGCAUGCUCAAUGCAUCAGCUUCAAACUCUUUGUAAAACUGUCCGUAAAUAUUGCUGAAGCCCGCCCGCUUAGCUCAGUAGGUAAGAGCGUUGGUUUACGGACCGCGGGGUCGCGAGUUCGAUCCUCGGGCGGGGCGUAUGUUCUCCGUGACUAUUUGAUAAACGACAUUAUGUCUGAAAUCAUUAGUCCUCCACCUCUGAUAAUUCAUGUGGGGAAGUUGGCAGUUACUUGCGGAGAACAGGUUUGUACUGGUACAGAAUCCAGGAACACUGGUUAGGUUAACUGCUCGCCGUUACAUGACUGAAAUACUGUUGAAAAACGGCGUCAAACCCAAAACAAACAAAACAAACAAAAAAUAUUGCUGAGUUAGAAGGCUUUCUAUACAGAAAACAGCAGUCUGCAUAAGAAUAUAAAUUCAAAUUAUAUCAAAUCCACAAUUGAAUUAUACCUAAAUGUUAAUUUUAUAAAAAAAAAUAUGUUAUUGUUCUCUUAGUAGAUAGGUAGGUAGGUAAUAAAUUGAUAUUCUAAUGUUAUCUGUUUUGCAUUGCCGUUGGUAAAAUGAGAAUCAACCCAAGUUUCACAUCGACAAAUGGUCGUUCAUUUAUUGUGCAUGAAUGGUAAAACUUUGGUUUUAAUUUGUUUAUUUUUUCUGUUUGACUUGGGCAGUGCCCUACAGUGUUAUUAUAUGUUACUUGUCUGUUCAUCUAUGUAAGUUAGUUAUGUGUGUGUUUGUGUUUUGUCUUCUGUACAUGAGUACCUACGCUGCUGUGGUUUACGUUGUAGGGUAACUGUGAUUAAGGAACGUAGCAUUCCAUUACCCUUUCAACACCCCCUUUUCUACUCCUACCUCCUCUUUUGCUAUAUUUUGCAUACAAUUGAAAUGUAUUUGUUCGAUUUUUGAAGCAACCCGUCUAUAAUAUAUUCCGUUACGGCUUUUUUUCUGCCUGUAUUUGUGGAGCUUUUUGAAAUCUACCCUUACCUUUUAUCUUUUGGAACUAAGAUUACAUUUUCUUCCAGUACCUAGUCAUAAUAACUAUUUAUAAAACAAGCCGCCUUAAAAGGUUUGCAGAUUUCAUUUUCAAAAUCACGUGUAUAAAACUAUCUAUUAUAUUCUGAACAGCAAAAAAACUAUCCAAAUGUAUAACUGGGAUAUUUGUGAUAAUAAAAGAAAUAAUAAAUUGA